GUCCGACUUGAGUAUAUACAUAAUCCGUAUCGAGACGCCGAGACUGACUCCGGGUCCCUUCGCUAGAUAACAGAAGAUUUAAGCCGUCGUUACUUACAGCCAAAACAGAGUCUCAUCUCCCUCCUCUCCUUACCCCUCAGACCUCUUCCUUUCCAGAGAUCCGAGAACAGGAUGCCCACCACGCAUAUCCAGCUCUGUUACUUCGCUGCCUCGGAUGCUUUCAUCAAGAACGGGGCCCUAUUCAUGCGGGGUCUGUUACGAGCAACGGUGUUAACAACAGGGAAUACAAAUGCAUAUUGGGGUGUACAGGAGGAACCUGGCUGGGAAGGAGUAAGAGCAGGAUACCUCAUCACUGCAUGGCACUCCCAGGGAGACUAUGAUAAAUACCAGAACAGCGAUGCCUCUGAUAUGACUAUGAGGCUUCUGAAGGAAGUUGCUCUUGGUGAGAUUACUUCGCACUUGUUCACGCUGGGUGUUCAGGAGUCAACCACGAUCCCCACAUUGACUUUUCGAGCAAAACUCACUGAGUUUGUGCUUGCGUCGCCUAAAAAGGGAGUACCGAGAAAGGUGUUGAAGAGGGCCAUUGGCAGGGUUUGUGAAGUUUUGGAUGAACAUGGACAUACAGCCAUGAUUGGAGAGAAUGUGACUGACUCGAUAGAGGGCGAGGGAGUUGAGAAUGUGUAUGUGAUUGUCAUUGGGUGGCCUGCAUAUGAGAUCAUGGACAAGAAACCAUUUGUGACACCCAUUGAUGAAUUGUCAUCAUUUGCUGAUUUAAGGUUCUGGCAUGUCCCAUUUGACACAUACACAAGCCGACUAUGAAAUUUGGAGUUAAUGUAAACAUAAGGAAAUAUGGACAGAUGGACAGAUAGAUAGAUCAUGCCAAAUUGUACAAAGUGUGUUGUUUGUUUGACAUGAAAUAAAAGAUAUCAAUGUACCAUUUGAAUUUGAAACAUAGUCAGCCUCAAGAAAAAGUGGUAUGAGUGGCUCAGGCUGAAUAUUGGGCUAAGCGGUAGUAAUGUCCCCCGUCCGAUGUAAUUUUGGGUUUACCGUUUGGGAUUGGGAUGGGGAAGUGUAGUAGACGGCCUCGCGGAGAAACGGGGCCGGGGGGAAACGAUGUGGUCUGUCUGGGUAAUAGUUCAGGCGGGCAAGGAUUCCACGGGAAUAUUUGCUCAUUCAUGAGAUAAAGCCUGAGGGGAAAAUGAUUAGUACGAAUUGAACGAAUGAUAAGUUGAAGUUUACUGUCUGAUUUCACUACUCCAAGU